CCCGAUGGUUCUGGAACGAGGCGGCGGCGCGGGUAUAAAAGGCGGGCAAGAGGCGGGGCGCCGCGCAGUGCGGUGAGUGAGCAAUCAGGGAAGCAUCUCUCUGUCGCAGCAGACAAACGGUUUCGCAGCUCUCUGGAAGCCUUCGCGCCGCCAAGAUGCCAGAGGAAGUGCAGACACAAGACCAGCCAAUGGAGGAGGAGGUGGAGACCUUUGCCUUCCAGGCAGAAAUAGCCCAGUUGAUGUCCUUGAUCAUCAAUACUUUCUAUUCAAACAAGGAAAUCUUUCUUAGGGAGCUGAUCUCCAACUCUUCUGAUGCUUUGGAUAAAAUCCGCUAUGAGAGCUUGACUGACCCAAGCAAACUGGAUUCUGGAAAGGACCUGAAGAUCAAUCUGAUUCCUAACAAGCAUGAUCGUACCCUGACCAUUGUGGAUACUGGCAUAGGGAUGACCAAAGCUGACCUCGUGAAUAAUCUGGGAACCAUUGCAAAGUCUGGCACCAAGGCUUUCAUGGAGGCCUUGCAGGCUGGAGCAGAUAUUUCCAUGAUUGGUCAGUUUGGUGUUGGCUUCUACUCUGCAUAUUUGGUUGCUGAGAAGGUGACAGUGAUCACCAAGCACAAUGAUGAUGAGCAGUAUGCUUGGGAAUCAUCAGCUGGCGGAUCGUUCACAGUGAAACUGGACAAUGGUGAGCCUUUAGGCCGUGGCACAAAGGUUAUCUUACAUCUGAAAGAAGACCAGACAGAGUAUUUGGAGGAAAGGCGAGUCAAGGAAAUUGUCAAGAAGCAUUCUCAAUUCAUUGGAUAUCCUAUAACACUUUUUGUAGAGAAAGAGCGUGAUAAAGAGGUGAGUGAUGAUGAAGCAGAGGAAAAAGAGGAAGAGAAAGAGAAAGAGGAGAAAGAAGAAAAGGCUGAAGAUAAGCCAGAGAUUGAAGAUGUUGGCUCUGAUGAGGAAGAAGAAAAGAAAGAUGGUGACAAGAAGAAGAAAAAGAAGAUCAAGGAGAAAUACAUUGAUGAAGAAGAACUCAAUAAGACAAAACCAAUUUGGACCAGGAACCCAGAUGACAUUACUAAUGAGGAAUAUGGAGAAUUCUACAAGAGUCUGACCAAUGACUGGGAGGAUCACCUAGCAGUCAAACACUUCUCAGUGGAAGGGCAGCUGGAAUUCAGAGCCCUCUUGUUUGUCCCAAGGCGUGCGCCUUUUGACUUGUUUGAGAACAGAAAGAAGAAAAACAACAUCAAGCUGUAUGUGCGCAGAGUGUUCAUCAUGGACAACUGUGAAGAGUUAAUCCCUGAAUAUUUGAAUUUCAUGCGGGGUGUUGUUGAUUCAGAAGACUUGCCUCUAAAUAUCUCACGUGAAAUGCUACAGCAGAGCAAGAUUUUGAAAGUGAUCAGGAAGAAUUUGGUCAAGAAAUGCUUAGAACUUUUCACAGAACUGGCAGAAGAUAAAGAAAACUACAAGAAGUUCUACGAGCAGUUUUCCAAGAACAUUAAGCUUGGCAUACAUGAGGAUUCACAGAAUCGCAAGAAACUGUCAGAGUUGCUGAGAUACUAUACAUCUGCAUCUGGAGAUGAAAUGGUGUCACUCAAGGAUUACUGCACUCGGAUGAAGGAGAACCAGAAGCAUGUAUAUUACAUCACAGGUGAAACCAAAGAUCAAGUAGCAAACUCUGCUUUUGUGGAGAGACUUCGUAAACAUGGUUUGGAAGUAAUCUAUAUGAUUGAGCCUAUUGAUGAAUAUUGUGUACAGCAGCUCAAGGAGUUUGAGGGGAAGACGUUGGUUUCAGUAACAAAAGAAGGUCUGGAGCUUCCUGAAGAUGAGGAGGAGAAAAAGAAACAAGAGGAAAAGAAAGCCAAGUUUGAAAGCCUCUGCAAGAUCAUGAAAGAUAUACUUGAGAAGAAAGUAGAGAAGGUUGUAGUUUCCAACCGAUUGGUUACUUCUCCAUGCUGCAUUGUAACCAGUACAUAUGGCUGGACUGCUAACAUGGAAAGGAUCAUGAAGGCACAGGCACUCCGGGACAACUCCACAAUGGGUUACAUGGCUGCUAAGAAGCACUUGGAGAUCAAUCCCGACCAUUCUAUCAUUGAGACACUGAGGCAGAAGGCGGAAGCAGAUAAGAAUGACAAAUCAGUGAAGGACCUGGUUAUUCUGCUGUAUGAGACCGCUCUCCUGUCUUCAGGCUUCAGUCUAGAGGAUCCUCAGACACAUGCCAAUCGUAUCUAUAGAAUGAUAAAACUUGGUCUGGGCAUUGAUGAAGAUGAUACUACUACAGAGGAAACAAGCCCAGCAGUUACUGAAGAGAUGCCACCACUUGAAGGAGAUGAUGAUACAUCGCGCAUGGAAGAAGUGGAUUAAAUGGCCAACUACUUCAACGAAAAUAGGGAUAUUUCCUUUAACCUUGGCUUUGAAAUAAGUUAUAUUUUGUAUAUUAUGAAUGUUACCUGCCAAAAAGGUCUUGACACUUGUCUGCAUUCCCUCUUUAUAUUUAUUUUUGAAGAUGUUAUACCUUUAUUUUUGUUACAUUUGCUUUUUUAGGUAAUGUGAGAUGCCAUUGAGGGAGUGUUUUUUUCUUAAAGUAUAACACUGUACAAUCCUGUUUAGAUUGCAAAGUAAAAAAUUGCUUGGUUAGUCAAUGGCAGGGGCUUUGCUGAUUGUGGUCAGAAAAGGGGAGAAUGGAAAGUUAAACCUGUUCUGCACAUUUUUGUUAAACCUUUGAAGUUCUUAAAAUGAAUUGUAAUACAAUACCUAGUAACUAGGUAUUGGAACUGAAUAUUGGAGUAUGUAACAUCUUACUUAACGAGUUUCAAGCUAUUGAUGUUUAGUCCUUUUAUACUGUAAAAACGAUUCUAAAUUCCACACUUACCAUAGAAUAGAAUCUACUGUAAAUCUAUUGUGACUAAUGCAGUUCUGCAUGUACAGUUCUACUCUGGAAGUAUCUAGAAGUAAAAGUGUUCUGGAGGA